UUGUCAGUAGAGUAGGCUGCUACCUAAAACGUCACCGAUUACGCUAAUUCAAAACAAAUAUAUGUGCUACAGCGAAAAAACUAAACAAAAAAAAAACGCCACUCUCGCCGACUCCUAUUUAACAAUACGACGUAUUUUGCUCCUGACGAACGUUAGACCGAAGAGAAAGUGGUCGAGCAGUGAAAAUCUUGUCGUGAUUUUGUACUCUUUGUUGGAUGUGCGCUGUGUAUGACAACCGAGCAGCCCGUCGCAACAACAGCAGCAGCAGCAGUGUAUUUAUCAUCGCAGCAGCCGAGGGGAGCGAAAGGAACAGGAGGAAGGAGAAAGAAAGGAUUUGCGGACACCGACCAAGCAUGGCUACGCAAACGACAGCAUCAUGCACUGGAUCUACUCUUUUGCAGCCAAUCAGCGAAAUUAUCAAUCUCCCUGUUGACCAGGUUAACUUUGUGGCAUGUCAGUUAUUUGCCCUGCUGAUGGCUGUGUGGUUUCGGAUCUACCUCCAUCCUAGUAAGACCAGUCCUUUCAUCAGACAUGUGGUGGCCACUCUGCUGGGCUUCUACUUAGCUCUCUUCUGCUUUGGCUGGUAUUCCCUCCAUUUCCUGGUGCAGAGUGGUCUGUCCUACAGUGUGAUGGUCUUUGCUGGCCUGGAGCACAUGCACAAGUACUGCUUCAUUGUGACGCUUGGCUACCUGCUAUUAUGUCAGAUCACACGAGUCUAUGUGUUUGACUAUGGCAUGUACUCUGCAGAUUUUACUGGGCCCAUGAUGGUUAUAACACAGAAGAUUACCAGCUUGGCGUUUGAAAUACAUGACGGUUUGACCAAGCGGGAGGGGCAGCUGACUCCCAGUCAGAAAUACCUAGCUAUCAGUCGGAUGCCCAGCUUACUGGAGUACUUGAGCUACAACUGUAACUUCAUGGGCAUCUUGGCAGGGCCCACCUGCUCUUACAACGACUACAUGGCUUUCAUCGAAGGCACUUGCUACCAGCCACGCCACCAGGAGAACGCCAACGGCAAAGAGAACGGGAAGUACAAGCAGAGCGAACCCUCACCCAAGAAUGACGUCAUUGCCAAGCUGUGUACAUGUGCCAUCUCGCUGGCCAUCUAUCUGUCGCUGUGCCAGCUGCUCCCAGUGGAGCACUCCAUAGACGAUGACUUUGUCAGCUCCACACCCUUUCACCUUCAGGUCAUCUACCUUUACCUGGCAAUGUUAGCUCUGAGGCCAAAGUACUACUUUGUCUGGACACUUGCUGAUGCUAUCAACAACGCUGCCGGAUUUGGCUUCAAUGGAUACAACAAAGAUGGCUCCCCACGGUGGGACCUGAUAUCAAAUCUCAGAAUUCUGGACAUUGAGUUCGCCACCAGUUUCAAGAUGUUCUUAGACAACUGGAAUAUCCAGACAGCUCUCUGGCUCAAAAGGGUGUGCUAUGAGCGCUGUCACAUCAACCCCAUGGCUGCCACCUUCCUGCUGUCGGCCCUGUGGCACGGGGUGUACCCCGGCUACUACCUGACCUUUCUCACUGGCAUUGCCAUGACCAUGGCCGCACGUGCAGUAAGGCACAACAUCAGACCAUACUUCCUGGUCUCAGACUCGUAUAAGCGCAUCUAUCAUAUCAUCACGUGGGCAUGGACUCAGGUCGCCAUCAGCUACACAGUGGCGCCAUUUGUCCUACUCGCUGUGGGACCCUCACUCAAAUUCUACAGGUCCUGGUACUAUUGCUUACAUCUCCUCUGCCUCCUGGUGGUACUGGCCCUACCUGUCAAAUCGAGACGCCGGCAGGCCAAAGAGCAAGAGGACGGCACACAGAAGGACAGCCUACAGGACAACCAGACAGACCACAACAACAGCACAGACAACAACUGCAACAAGAAAGACAAAGCCACAUGAGGCUCGGGACAGCGGGCAGCAGCAGAAACACUGAGACAAACUAGAAACCACUCAGAGCUGGAGUGUGGCGAGUCUGUUUACCUGACAAAGAACCAAAUAUCGGACGCUCUGAGAAUCCUAACAGACAGACAACACAAAUCAAUUUUCUGUCAAAACUUCCAGUAGCAAGGAUGACAGCAAUCACAGUUUCUGACAUGGAUAAGAGACCAGGAUGUAACAAUGGCCACGGGGUAAACUUAUGAGAGAUAGUGGUUACUUUACAUUACAUUAGUGGAAAUGAAGACUUCAAAGCUGCCUUAAACCCUCUAUGUACUCAGCUAGUGAAAUAAUAGUUGGGUGGCACGCUGCAAGAACCUAAAUGUAGUUUCACCAUUGUGGUGCCAGGUUAAAUACAAACAGAUUAGAAGUGCAGUAUGUGGAGGGUUUUUGUCAUUCUCUGGUUAAAAACCUCUGUUAGGUGGAAAUGGAAAAUGUGUUCAUGUAAAAGAAACAUAACCUUUAUCAUCAGCUGCCAAUUUCAAACAGGCCUUAGGAUCCUCAGAACAUUGUUUGAUUUCUAUGUCUUUUUUAAAAUCUUUAUUGGAGAAGAAUUCACAUUGUACAUUUUUUGUAUUUAGAUGUUCUUGAAAACACUAUUUCAAAUCCAUUCUUAAUGUUUUUUGUUUGUUUGUUUUUUUCCUGGGAUGAAUUCACCGACAUAGAGAGUCCCAAAGUGGAAUUCAGAUCUCGUCCGUCUCCAGCAGUGGAAAGUCUAAAAGAGGCACUAAAGUGUUAUUAAAUGGAUUUCUUUUUCUUUUAAUAUUUUUCAUAUCUGCUGCUUUUUUGACAAACAUGACUCAUCAGAAAAAUGUGUAUGUUUAAAGGGAGUUAAUUUACCCUGUUUUGAAUUAUGAAAAUGAAAGAUUUUUUAAGGAUUUCUGACCUGGUUUCACAGGGGUGGCAUUUUGUUUUAGCCCUUCUUUUUUUUUUUUUUUUUUUACACAACAGGUUUCCCUGUGUUUAAAUGUUUUGCCUCUGUAAUACAAGUAUCCAAAACUAUUUAAUUAAUACAAGUCCUAAGUAAUGAAAUUGUAUAAUUGGGAAAACACAGUGGAUUGUUACCAUCAGUGUUGAACACUCGUACAGUUUAAUUCAUUGUCUUAAAUCCUACAAAUAUAAUGUAAAUGUAGUCAGAUUACCACAGUCCCUGAAGACUGAUGUAACUGUCAAAAGAUUCUGUAGCCAUAAUUAUUACAAGCCAAUCAAAAUGUAAAAAAAAAAAAAGUUUCCAAAUUGUUGCACAGUGCAUUAAAGCACAUAUUGUGUUCAAGCUGCAAACUAUGUAUGUGUGCAAUUAGCAUGUGUCUGCGAGGAAAUCUGAUUGGGUUAUUUAUGUAUGUGACAUAAUAAUGUAGAAAAUUCACAGACAUAGACCAGCUGUUGUGGUAAAUGGUCUUAUUUCAUAUUGUGUGAACUUAUGUUAGAAUAGGAGAUGUUUAAAGGUGCAUUUACUGUAGGUUGAAGGAGACACUGGUUCCUCAUGUUGUUUUGGUUUGCACCUUAAGCCUUUCAAAUCAUCCAGUUAACUCUUUAUAACAUGCAGCAGUUCAAACAGCCACCCCUGUGAUACAAGUAUGUAUCAUUAGACAUGUUUAAGGACUUGAAGAAAUGUGGUAACCUGAAAGGCAACCUCACUGUUGUUUAGACAGUCAAAAGUCACAUUUUUACGUAUCUAUUAGAGCAGGAAAUAGUCUGGGAAUUUCAAGCCCACAAUAUCAUAAACGCUUUGAAGUCGUACUUUUUCUUUUCUUCUAAUUGUCAGUAAUUUGAGUUGGUUUGGUGCAUUUGUGUUAGGUAAAAUAAUAACAAAGAAGCAGAGGUGAGCUUUUUUUAUUUCUUUUUAAGAUUUUCUAACAUUUGCAUAUUCCUGCCAUAACUGUGUGUGUACAAGUAUUCAUGCGAUCUGUACAUGUUGAUGUGGUCUCAACUAUAUUUGUAGCCUGGGCCCUGUGUAGGCGAGUGUGGCCCACCUAAGGGAAAGAGAUGUCAUUCUACAAACAUAGCGAUUAUUGCGCUGCAUGGCCACCCAAACCAGCAGAUCAAUGCAAAACGGCUCCACAUGUCCAAAGUGCCAAAUUCAUGAAUGGCGCAUUUUUGUUUUGUGUGUGUGUGUGUGUGUGUGUGUGUGUGUGUGUGUGUGUGUGUGUGUGUGUGUGUGUGUGUGUGUGUGUGUGUGUGUGUGUGUGUGUGUGUGUGUGUGUGUGUGUGUGUGUGUGUGUGUGUGUGUGUGUGGGGUGUGCACGUGUGCAAAUGUGUCCAUGUAGUAUGUGUGUGUGCGCCUGUGUAACAUAACGGUUAUUUUUCUGUCAGAAGGAAAUUUAUUGAAAGAUUUGUAUAACAGUACAAUAAAAUUCUGAUUUAUGUGGCAAAAUAAAGAGAAAUUAUUUUUAAACACUAAAA